AUUGUCCAACUUCUAGUGGUAAAAUUCAAAACAGCAUUCUCAGACUUCACAUAGGGUCUCGAGAUUUCUUCUUUCUGCUCUCGCCGCUACAAAUUAGAGUUUUAUCUGUCUCUUCUAUGUGCUAAUUAUAUCUCUCUUUCAGUGUGGUUCUUCUCUUGCAUACUGUAGCAAUCAUUCUAAUCUAGGGCUUAGUUCUGGAAAACUUGUAAUUUCUCGAUAAUUUUCGGUUCUGAACCCUGUACAUGUUCAUUUUUGUGCUUGUUUUAGUGACUAUCUAAGAGAGGAAGCUCUGUCUCAUACAAGCUAAGUUGGAGAGAUGAAGCAAUCCAGGUCUAAUGAAAUUUACUCAAGGUGUUCAAAGAGAAGAACUGAUGAUCAUUCUGACCCAUUCUCUAUACCGAAUUUGAUGGAAGAAUUGGAUAAAGAUAAUAUAUAUGGGAGUGUCGCAAAGGAGAUUCAAGCUCUCCAUGCUAGGAAAUUGAAGUUGUUAAGUCCUUUUCGGGAACAGUACCCAUCACUCUUUAGUUAUCCUGUAAAUUCUGCGGCACAGUCUCCUACUGGUGGCUUGAAAAGAAACAGUAACUUGUCAUCUCAAAGCAUUAUUGAUUUGAAUAGUGAAGACAAGGUUGAUGUUUCAGCAGCUAUUUCUGCUGAAGGGAUGCAAACCAACAGCAGUCAGAAUAUUUUCCUCACACCAGAAAGCAACAAUGUACUGGUAGUAGAUAACUCAGAUGAAGAAAAUGGACAACAGAUUGGAAGUAAAUCAGGUUACAGUUAUAACCUUAAGUUCGCUAAGAUGACACAUGAUUGCAAUUACAGUGACCUUCAGAUGUCUGGUGCUGAACAACAAGUAGGAUCUCCAAUGCAGACUUCAUACCGUGCAAAACAGGAGCGCAGAGAGAAUUCUACCUCUCAGUGGGAUAAUCAAGUGAUUAAACCUGCUGGAGAACAGAGGAAUCCUUCUUACGACUCCCAAUUGAUCUUUUUGAAGAAGCCAGAUGGUGAAACCCCAACAAAAGAUGUACUUGGAGGUGAUCAAAGAAAGAGAAAAGGUGAGAAAGAAGGGAAUAUAGGUAAUUGUAGUGAAACACCAAUUGAGAAAUCAAUAGGUGUAUACCUGGGUGUUCAAGAUGGUCUGAUGAGCAGCUCCCAGAGUGGUGGUCAUAGCGGUGGAGACGAUGAACUUGUAGAUAUAUGGAAGGAAAUGUCGGUAGCACUAGAAUGUUCAAAGGAUGCUUCUUUCACUCUGGGUACCGCUGUUGAACAUAAUACACUAGAAGAGGAGGGAAAAGAAUGUGAACAUUCUUUUGUUCUCAGGGAUGAUCUAGGAUAUGUUUGUAGGAUAUGUGGGGUCAUAGAAAAAAGAAUUGAACAAAUAUUUGACUUCCAGUGGGGAAAGGGAAGAAAGAUCACUAGAGGUAGUUGCAUGUCUCAGUCACGUGAUGCAAAGGAUGGCAAACAAGUCGAGGGAUCCCAGUUUACUAUUCAGAGUCCACUGGAUCAAAAUUUUGGUGUGGCUGACAUAUCCGUGCAUCCAAGGCACAGGAAGCAAAUGAAGCCUCAUCAACUUGAAGGUUUCAACUUCUUGCUUAGGAAUUUAGUGAGUGACCACAGUCCAGGUGGUUGCAUUCUGGCACACGCUCCAGGGUCUGGAAAGACCUUUAUGAUUAUAAGUUUUAUGCAAAGCUUCCUGGCAAAAUAUCCUGAUGCCAGACCACUUAUAGUGUUGCCGAAAGGAAUAUUGGGUACUUGGAAGAAGGAGUUUGAAAGAUGGCAGGUUGAACAAAUUCCCCUGUAUGACUUGUAUACUUCUUCAAAAUCCGAUAGUCGAGCACAACAAUUAAAUGUCUUGAAACAAUGGGUGGAGCACAAAGGAAUCUUGUUUCUCGGGUAUCAACAAUUUGCAAGCAUCGUAUCUAACAGUACAAGCAGCAGCGCUGCAGAAGCCUGCCAUGAUAUACUCCUUAAGGUUCCUACUUUACUUAUUUUGGAUGAAGGCCACACGCCUAGAAACGAGACCACAGAUGUGCUUUACUCCCUUUCACAGGUUCAAACCCCUCUGAAGGUAGUAUUAUCUGGAACCUUAUUUCAGAAUCAUGUGAAAGAGGUUUUCAACAUUUUGAAUCUUGUGCGGCCAAAGUUUCUGAAGUUAGAUACAUCAAAGGCUGUUGUGAGGAGGGUCAUGAGUAGGGUGCAGAUUGCUGUCAGGAAGCGGAUUAAGAGUCGCGGGGCAGACACAAUGUUCUAUGAUUUAGUUGAAGAGACCCUACAAAAUGAUCAAGAUUUCCGAAGGAAAGUCACAGUGAUAAAAGACCUUCGUGAGAUGACAGGCAAGGUGUUACACUACUAUAAAGGUGAUUUUCUGGAUGAACUUCCAGGACUUGUUGACUUGACUGUACUUCUCACUCUUAACCCCAAACAGAAACAUGCAGUAGAAGAAAUAAGAAAAUUGGAUAAGUUCAAGAGAAGUUCCAUGGGGAGCGCAGCAUAUGUUCACCCUCAAUUAAAAGAAUACUCAGAGAGUUGCACCACAGGGGAGAAAGGACACAUUAAUGAAGCAAAGAUUGAUGAGCUUCUUAACAAAGUAGAAAUCACUGAUGGUGUGAAAGCAAAAUUUUUCUUGAAUAUAUUGGCGCUUUGUGAAUCUUCUGGGGAGAAGAUGUUAGUUUUCAGUCAAUAUCUGCUCCCACUGAAGUUUUUAGAGAGGCUGGUGGUGAAGAUUAGAGGUUGGAGCCUGGGGAAGGAAAUAUUUGUCAUCUCAGGUGACUCAAGCCAGGAGCAGAGGGAAAUAUCUAUGGAAUGUUUUAACCAUUCUAAGUAUGCAAAAGUCUUCUUUGGUUCAAUAAAGGCAUGCGGGGAAGGAAUAUCUCUAGUGGGGGCAUCUCGCUUAGUGAUUUUAGAUAUUCAUCUCAAUCCGUCAGUUACCCGACAGGCAAUUGGUCGUGCAUUCCGACCUGGUCAAACAAAAAAAGUAUAUGCGUAUAGGUUGGUGGCAGCAGACUCACCCGAAGAGGAAGACCACCAUACAUGCUUUCAGAAGGAGUUAAUUUCAAAGAUGUGGUUUGAGUGGAACGAGAUAUGUGGUUACCAUGAUUUUGAGAUGGAGGAAGUCAAUACAAAGGACUUGGAUGAUUCAUUCUGGGAUAGACCUUCCUUAGGUGAAGAUGUGAAGGCUUUGUACAAAAGGUGAACCUGCUUCCAGUUAGCAGCAAUUUUAUGUUCUCUUACUGUUGUGGCUGAAGAUACCUUUUUGCGAAGAUUAAUUUUGGUUUAUUGGGAAUGUUGACAACUGUUUGUUUUCAGAGCGUUGUACCCUGUCAUGGAUCUCGUUAACAUCUUAUGGGAUAAGCGGAUGAUGCUUCUAGGUUUUUGUUUGUAUAGGAAUGAUGCUGCUCUAAAACCAUAUUACGGUCGCUCUGAGUUUUCAAAUGUUAAUAGAAUGUCUUUUUAAAUUGGUUGUCUUGUUAGAAUGAUCUUUCCAUGAUUCAGGCAUUUCUUCUAGCCUUGGUUCAAGUCUGAAGCAGUAAUAUUUUGCAGAAGCUAGUUUUUUUCUGUAAAAUGGUGAAGCUUAAUUGAAAAUGAUGAAUACAGUGCUGCAAAUAAGAUAUCAGUGAACAGGUGUGUUGAAAAUGAAUAAAAGGUAAU